GGAAACCGUGUGGCGGACGACGGUCCACUCGACGAAUCGUGCCUGUUCUGCGUCAACCAUGUUGGGAGCAGUAGCGAGAAGUUCAGGCCUUUUGGCUGGCAAGUCCAUCGAAAAACUCGGCGCCGAAUCCCUCAAAGUCACCGCCGUCUACAAUGGCCAACAGAGGGGUCUGGCCGCCAAGGCUGCCGCCGGCAAGGGUGGCGGCAGAGUUGUUGCCGUAAUCGGUGCCGUCGUUGACGUACAAUUCGACGAGGCUUUGCCCCCAAUUCUCAAUGCCCUGGAAGUGCAAAACCGCAGCCCCAGGCUCGUACUCGAGGUUGCCCAACACUUGGGUGAAAACACCGUCCGUACCAUUGCCAUGGACGGUACCGAAGGUCUUGUCAGAGGCCAAGAAGUCUCCGACACCGGUUACCCCAUCCGUAUCCCAGUCGGUGCUGAAACCUUGGGCCGUAUCAUCAACGUAAUCGGUGAACCCAUCGACGAAAGGGGUCCCAUCCCAACCGACAAGUUGGCCCCAAUCCACGCUGAAGCCCCCGAAUUCGUGGACAUGAGCGUCGAACAGGAGAUCCUCGUCACUGGUAUCAAGGUCGUAGAUCUUUUGGCCCCCUACGCCAAGGGUGGUAAGAUCGGUCUCUUCGGCGGUGCCGGUGUAGGAAAGACCGUAUUGAUUAUGGAACUGAUCAACAACGUAGCCAAAGCCCACGGUGGUUACUCCGUGUUCGCCGGCGUCGGUGAACGUACCCGUGAGGGUAACGACUUGUACCACGAAAUGAUUGAGUCCGGCGUCAUCUCCCUGAAGGACAAGACCUCCAAGGUGGCGCUCGUGUACGGACAGAUGAACGAACCACCAGGCGCCCGUGCCCGUGUCGCCCUCACCGGAUUGACCGUCGCAGAGUAUUUCCGUGACCAAGAAGGACAAGACGUGUUGCUUUUCAUCGACAACAUUUUCCGUUUCACCCAGGCCGGUUCCGAGGUGUCCGCCUUGCUGGGUCGUAUCCCAUCCGCCGUAGGUUACCAACCCACCUUGGCCACCGACAUGGGUAGCAUGCAGGAACGUAUCACCACCACCAAGAAGGGUUCCAUCACCUCCGUGCAGGCCAUCUACGUACCCGCUGACGAUUUGACCGAUCCCGCCCCGGCCACCACCUUCGCUCACUUGGACGCCACCACUGUGUUGUCCAGAGCCAUCGCCGAGUUGGGUAUCUACCCCGCUGUCGAUCCCUUGGAUUCCACCUCCCGUAUCAUGGACCCCAACAUCAUCGGACACGAGCACUACAACGUUGCCCGUGGCGUCCAGAAGAUCUUGCAGGACUACAAGUCCCUUCAGGAUAUCAUUGCCAUCUUGGGUAUGGACGAGUUGUCUGAAGACGACAAGCUCACCGUCGCCCGUGCCAGGAAGAUCCAACGUUUCCUGUCCCAACCUUUCCAGGUCGCCGAAGUUUUCACCGGCCACGCUGGCAAACUUGUGCCCCUCGAGGAAACCAUCAAGGGAUUCCAAGAAAUCCUUGCCGGCAAAUACGAUCAUUUGCCUGAGGUCGCCUUCUACAUGGUCGGCCCCAUCGAGGAGGUCGUACAAAAGGCAGAGAAAUUAGCUGAAUCAUCUUAAGCGUGUAACCAGUGUAUUUAUAAAUUCCAUCGAUUUUAAUUUCAAACUUCAUACUGUACAGAAGUUCCAGAAACAUCUUAGAAAGCAACAGCGCAAGAUUUUUUUUAUUGUAUGAAUAUUCCUUAUAUGAAAGUUAAAAUGCAAUAAGGUGUAUUUGUUGUAUUUACUUUAAUUUUAAUAAAACUUAGUUCGUUAAAAUUAA